CCCCACUGCGUCAUAGAUGGACAAAUAUGGAACGGAAUCAAAUACUAGUUUUUACGUUAUUAGAUUGAUUAAUAGUGCCAAUUACUUCAAUAUAGUUAGUUGUAUAGAUUCUAGACAGGCAAAACAGUCUACCAAGAAUAAGCUUGUAGACGUUACAGACUACAAACGUAAAUUAUAUGGAAAACAAAGUGUAAAUAAGUUACCUGCAUUAAACAACUCACGCAAUUCACAAUUACGUAUUCGCGCUGGAUCUUCGUACAUCGAUUUACGCGAUAAACGAAAUAAUAGAGUUAAACGAGGACCGAUGUACUGGUAUCUAGAAGAUGAAAUUGCAAUGGCAAAGGAUGCAUUAUGGAAACAGAAGCAAAAAAUUCACAAUGAAGAAAUGAAUAAAAAUAUUCAAAUUGGAAAAAAAAGAGUUAAUCUUUUCAUGAAGAUGGAAAUGAGUAGGCAUCCUCGAUGGUACCAAGAUUUUUCUAUUGAUCAGAUGAAGAACUUAAUGAUGUUGCAGUGUGUAAUACAAAGGGAUUGUGAAGAAAGGGUGUCAGGACGUACAGAAAGGACACUUACAGGAAUUGGUGUGAUAUCUACAUUUUUUAUACUCACACCAAAUGUUAUUAAGAAGUUACAGGAGAUUUCUAAGUGUAAUGCUAUUGAGUUUUUAAGGGAAACCUAUAAGGUAUUAACAGGAAAUUAUUUCGAAGAAGAAGGACACAAACAAUUUUACGACUGCAACGAAAGGAUCAUCUUAUCAGCUAUUGCAUUUUUAACUUUACCAGAAGCUAUACUGGAAUUACAUGAAAGAUUACCUUCUGUAACAAUGCCAGAGAUUCCUCAUAAACCUUUGCCACCCACUCUGCCAAUAAGACAAAAGAAAGCAUCACCUUAUAAAGAAGAACUCUUUGUACGCCCAGAUUGGGCUUCUUAUUACAAUCUUCUUCAAAGUUGGAGAGCACACAAUCAAGUAUUGCCAAUACCAAAAGUGAUAUUACCACCUAAGGAAUGCGUUUUAAUUACAACCGGAAAUAUAAAAAUGAACCGCGUGGAUGAAAAAAGUAGUGAUCAUAGAAAAAGAGUAAGCCAAGAAAAUUUCAUUGAUAGUAAGCCAUAUCAUACUAAAAAACGUUUGAGUACUCCAGAGAAACAUAAUCAGUAUAUUUCUACAAAAGAAGAAGGAAAAAGGAAGAUACUUUCUAAUACAAGAAGAAAAAGUUCUGCUUCAGUCAAUCUAGAAAAUACUGUCAAAAAACAACAAAAAGAAAAUAUCAUUAGGAAACACAGCAUAGAUGAGAGAAAUGAAAAUGCAGAACAGGAGAUAAAUACACUUAAUGUAACGAACAAAGAAAAGCUUUCUUUUGAUGUUCCACAGUUACCUAAUGGAAGCAAAGUGUUUGAUUUCACGAUCAAUGGAGUUAGUGAAAAACGAGGACCAGUGGAGUAUAAAAUAUGUGGAGUUUUACAACCCCCUAAACCGCAUACAAAAUCCUGGCUUGACGAAAAACACGCUCAUUAUAUUAUUUCUGGAGCUGCUGACAAUCCACCAUCGUGCCCCAUAACAUACGAAAUGACUGGCGUUGCAAAUGUAACACCGACUAACAGUAACGAGAAAUUCUUUGCCAUACUUAAACUUGGAGAUGGGCCAAACAAGAUUUAUCCAAGCGGUAGAAAGAAUCUGUCUCCCAAGUGGCAGGAGUGGUUACAAAAUACGGAUGAAGAAUUUCGAAAAGUGGAAAGAGAAGCGAACAAAUUGAUAAAAAGCAUAGAAGCUAUAACGAAAGUAGUGUUCCCAGGACCCAAGUGCGACAACUGUUGCUCCUGCAGGCAAAGUAGAAAGUCAUAUUUAAAGGCGAAGGGAACAAGAACACCCUACUUUGUGAUAGACACGAUAGCUGAAGAUAGCAAAAAGAACAAAUGUAUUAUAGGAUCAAUGGCGAUGCAUUCACCUGCACCGACGCCUCCAGAAUCAACGAUUAAUUUAUUAGAAGUCAUAGCUUCUGAAGAUGUUCUCACUUCCAAGCUGAUGAUAAACGGUAUUACAAAUCCGAAAGGUGAAACGCAAUAUUUCAUUUCUGGAAUUAAGGACGAGAUUGUACGUCGACCUGCCAGAAUUAUUGAACGUCCACCUCCUAGACCACCAAGGAAUGUCCCACCAUGCGAGUGUGCUAUCCAACAAGUAUCAUCUAAAGGUUACACUUCGGAAUUGAGCCACGAUCAUAUACCAUGGACAAAAGAAGAGGGCUUAUGUUUUGGAAACAAAUUUAGACCUCACGAAGCUCCUGCACUUUCCUGCAAAAUGUAUCCUGGCGACAAAUCGUGCAGGAGGAAUCCAUUCUUUCAAGAAAUAAUGAAAAUAAAGAGAAGAGCAGAAAGAGCGAAGAAGGAAGCUGCAGACCCUUCAGGAAAGAAGAGGAUGUAUAGUAUUGCGGAUUUUCAGCCGUGCGGGGAUGAACAUGGUAUGAGUAUUUGUGGAGCACCUUGGGGUACUUUGCAUACUUUAACUCCGCAGGAGUUGGAAGAAGCAGAAAAAUUGAGGAAACAAAUACUGAGGGGUCCACCAUGCGGUACAAAACCUGGUAGCGCAGUCUGCAAAGGUCCUUUUGGUGAACGAGUACCAUUUAAAAAACCAACAGUAGAAUUAAAGGAAAUAUCUGGAGAAUUUGAUGAAGAAGAUCUUGAAGAAGAAGAGGAGGAAGAAAGGAAAGAGGAUGCAAAACCUGGAGAAGCAGUGAAAGAGAAAGAGAAAAGAAGAGAUCAGAAAUGUUUAAUGAGUCCAGAUAGUUUGGCUGUUAGGCAAAGAACAAUGGAAAAGGAGGUGACAAAGUUUGUCCCGGAUCCCCUUUAUCCUGGCUACGACGAUGCGUGGAAUAUUCAUCGUACAGCACCAACAGAAAAAGAGUCCGAAACAGACUUUAAAGCCUUAUUGAAACUCAGUUCUCCAAAACCACCUGCCACACCUGUAGAAUCCAAAUUAGCAACAGAUUAUCAUCAAAAGAGUCAGUCUUCAUUGCACAAAAAUGAUUUGGAAACGAAACAGGAUAAACAAAAGAAAAAUCCUCCUUCAAAAGUUAAAAUUAAUGGAAAAUUAAACAAACAAGAGACAAAAUCAAUUGCUGUAAAGGGUACUCAAGGAACCUCUCCAACCUCUCCUGUGGAAAAAACCAUAAAUAGUCGUGAAACAAAGGAUUAUAAAGCGUUAAAACCUCAAGAACCUAGUAAUCCUCAAACAAGAGAAACUAAAAGACCUACAACUUCUAAUCGUUCAAAUUUAAAUGUUAAAAGUGAUAAGAAUUCAUUACAUAACAAGCCAAGUAAAAACACUGACACAAAAACAAAACCAGUUAAGGAGUCAACGUCUAAAAGAGCAAGAAAUAGUGAAGAUAAAACUAGUAAAAGGAACAGGAAAUCAAAAAUCGAGGAUGUAGCGAGAAUUGAGACUAGUAAAAAAAUUAGAAAUCCAAGAAAAAGUUCAUCUAUAGAACAUGGAAAAAAGAAGGAAACUAAAGUGUCUCACUUGGACAAAAAGAAGCAUAAAAAGAAAGAUACACAAAAUGUUGAAGAUGCAGGCAUCGACCUGAAGAAGCAAAUACUGAAUUGGAAAAAUGCGCUGAUGUCUCCUGAGAAUUAUCCUUACAAUGUUCAGCCGGUGGAUCUUCCAAAAGAUCCUCCCACAAAGUGUGCACACGAGUAUGAGGAUACAAGUAUCGAAGACGUUCCUGUAAAAAAUGAAGAAGAAACAAGUGUACAAUUACCGAGUAAGGGACCUUGCGGUUGGAAAACAAAAUCAGAGCAACAGUUACCAACGAAGAAGACGUUGGUUUACCUCGCUGAACCAGAUUACCCUCCAGAAACAAUAAAAGUACGACCAGGAGGUAAACCAUGCGUUUGUCGUGAAAAUAAAGCAAAGAAGAAGAUACUGAUGUACAACAUUGGAGGUUUGUUAGGUGGAAAAAAAGACGACACAGACAAUAUCAAUAAUAAAUUACUUAAGAAAAAGAAAGAUGAAGAUGAGAAAAAAUUACAAGUAAUAGAUGGCAUUAUUUAUCACACUCCACCACCAAGUCCACGUAGGAGCGAUGAAUAUGUACCUGAAUACGACCUUUACGAUUCUCCAUAUGACAUGUGUCUCUCCAAACGCACAGAUGAAAAUCUGAAAUACUUUGCCCAGUUCAGUGUACCUAGUAGAUCCACAACAAAAAUAUUAAAGCGAAAUGAGCCUUGCGAAUGUAAUGAAUCUGUGGAUACACAUGGUACGAAAGAUACUGAAGAGGAGAAAAGAAUGAAAGAGGAUGAUAAGAAGAGGGAAGCAUUAAUAGAAGCGUUACCGCCGACAGAACGAUGGCAAUUGGCACUGAAAGAUAGAGGAUUGCUGGACUAUUAUACUCGGUGUAGAGAUUCAAUGCCUUGUUGGCUGAAGUGUGGUAAGUUUAAUAAAGUGGGCUGUAGACCACCUUCCAGAAAGCUCAAAGUAAAAAGACCAGUUUGUGAGUGUAAAUAUGAAAGGAAAAUACUUGAAAAUAAGGAAGAAAAAAUGAAGUGGAAGGAACGCCGGGAGAGAUUAAAAUCCUUAAAAAAGCAGCCGUUUGUAAAUGUUGUGGAUACCUCAAAGCCAGUGAUUGCUGACACGAAAUUGAUGAUAUCUGGAGUAAAGAGAAUUCCAAAGGAAGAUGAAUAUAUAGAUGAUGUUAAAUACUGUAUAACUGGUGUUGUUGAAAAUUACACAGAAGAACCGCCUAAACCGAUAGUGGGUGGUGUACAUAUGGCCACUCCUAUUCAAACACCUGAACCAAGCGUAGAACAGAUACCAUGCGUCUGUCUACAUCGCCAUUGGUCCCCCAUAAACAUUCCUCCUGGUCCAUUACCAAAACCAGAAGAAAUUAAACUUGCAGAGGAGAAGAGAAGAAAGGAAGCCGUGGAAGAAGCAUACAGACAAAUUCAUGUACCUGAUAGUGUAUAUGACACACAUGGUACUCAUGGUUGCAGUAAGCCUUGUCAUUCAAACACAGUCUCAGAAGAUGAGGAUAUAGAAGAAAGCGAUGAUACAACAUUAUUUCCCAAACAAAUCAAACAACGAAGAAAAUCAAGUAAUAUUUCCAAAAGUAACAAAGAUAUUAGAAGAUCAAAAUUGCAAAGUAUCUCUAAAAUUAGAACAAGUCCACAAAGGAAGAUGGAAAAUUAUAAAAACAAAGAAAAAGUAAAGAACAUUUCGCCUGCUUAUAAAACGUCUGAGGAAAGAUAUAUACAAAGAUCACGUUCUCAAGAAGUUGCCAAUCUAGAGAAAACUGAUCCUCAAAAAAUCAUGAAAGCAAAUGUAUUAACAAAGUCACGAAGUUCCCAAGGAAUAAGAUCCAAAGGAACUAAAAGUGAUUCUCAUUUACAAAGUGAACUUGUUAAGUCUAAUAAAGAAUUUGAAGAGAACACUGAUAAAGAAGAAGAAAAAACUUCUGAUGAAUCUUAUCUUAUGAGCUUGGUGAAGGGUGAAUUAAGAAAAAUGGCAACAGAAGGAUUUCUGUUUGCAAAAUUACCGGCAUGCUUUCAAAUGCCCCAAGUGAAGUACUGGGUGAUGUACAUGGAAGGAAUUGCUCUUACUGAUACAGACAGAAGUGAUUCGGUGCGGAAGAGCAUUAUGAUGUGGAAUCAAGUAGAUGCCAAAAAAUCAGCCAAGAGUGAACCCCCAUUGUUGGACAUGACGAAAGUUCAGCUGGGGAAGCUGACUUUCAAUGAUGCAGAAAGAAUGAAAGAACAAGUUUGUUCGUACCCAAGACAAAUAAUGUUCCUCUUGUACAGAUCAUUUUACUCCUUUACAGAUUGGAAAGAAAAAAGCGAUAUUCCACAGCCAAGUUCGCAAAAAUCGUGUUCUAUAUGCACGAUCAAUGUGGAACACAAUGGAUUAUGGAAAAUUUCCAGAUUUAUCAUUUAAAAAAGCUUUCUUUACAUACAUGGCAGGCAAAGAA